AUGGCUACCAGUCCACAGGGUGUGCCAUAUGAACAGCUUGCACAUUACGUGAACGCUGACGGACAGUGUAUUUUCACUCGGUGCUGGGCUCCUCCCACGGACAUAGAAAUCAGGGCACUGUGUCUGGUAUUGCACGGUGCAGCUGAGCACAGUGGUCCAUACGAUAGACUCGCUAUACCCUUGACAGGAUGUGGUGUUAUGGUAUAUGCACAUGAUCACGUCGGUCAUGGUCAGAGUCAAGGAGAUCAAAUGGAUAUAACAGAUUUCAACAUCUAUAUAAGGGAUACUUUACAGCACGUUGAUGUGAUUACAAGUAAACAUCCAAAUUUACCGAUAUUUCUCUUCGGCCAUUCUCUGGGCGGUGCAAUAGCCAUUCUAACGGCUAUGGAGAGACCGGAGCAGUUCACUGGUGUUGUAAUGACGGGGCCCGCUAUCACGGUACACAAAAAACUGACUUCUUCACUAACAAUGAAUUUACUGAGAUUUACAUCAUAUUGGUUUCCGAAACACGAACUUGACAAAAUAAACCCAGAACAUGUCAGUAGAGAUCCAAAAGAGGUCGAGCUGUACCGAACAGACCCACUGGUUUGGCACGGUGGACUAAAAGCAAGAUUCGUUGCCAAGGCGACGGCUGCCUUUCAACAAAUUCAGAAUAAUAUGUCUUCGAUUGAGUGGCCUUUCUUGAUACUACACGGGGAUGCAGACAACCUGUGUGACAUUAAUGGUUCGAAGAUGCUUGUAGAGAGAGCAAAGAGUACAGAUAAACAUUUACAGGUAUACCCUGGUCAUUAUCAUGCUUUAAUCUGUGAACCCCCAAAAGAUGCCGCCGUUGUGAUCAGAGAUAUAACAUCAUGGAUUGUAAGAAGAAUUCCCGAGAAUGCAACCAAACCAGAUGACGUACAUUACAGAGAUUAAACACGAAGCGGAGGGAAAAGUGAUGCAAUUCAUCAAAAUAUCUCGA